AUGCUGCCCUGGCGAAGGAAUAAGUUUGUUUUGGUGGAGGAUGAGGCCAAGAGUAAACCCAAGAGCCUGGGGACCGGGCUGACCUACCACUCCAUCCUUUCCUCUCUACUGCGCUCCUGUCCUGACUUGCUGCCUGACUGUCCCUUCGACUGGGUGGGCAGCAUCUUCCACACCAAACGGCAAAAGGUGCAACUGAACAAAGAGGAGCCCGUUUACAAUGUGCGCUACCUGGGGAGUGUGGUCACCAUCACUGCAAAGGGAGACGGCUGCACCCAGGAGGCAGUGGCCAAAAUCUGGGCGAGGAGCAACUACGGGGAGCAGAGUAUCAAGAUGAGGUUAACAGUGGGAUCUCAAGGCAUCCGGAUGAGCGCUGACAAAUCUGGAAAAAAGAAACCCAUCCAUCUUUAUUCUCUGAACAGAAUCACCUACUGCAAUGCUGACCUGUGCCGGCCCAAGAUCCUGGCUUGGAUCUACAGGCACCAGGUCAAGAACAUGGCGGUGGUUCUCCGGUGUCACGCUGUCCUGGUUAGCAAGUCGGAGAAGGCCCAGGCCAUCGCCCACAGUCUCUACCAGAACGCCACCUCCGCCUUCAGCGAGUUCAAGCGUCUGAAGCGUCAGAGUGAUUUCCGGCACUGCCAGCAGCAGCUGCUGGGUGAGGAGGCGGUGCCCCUGAUGCCACUGAGGAGGCUGUUGAACGGGCAGUGCCACUACAGACCGCCUGCCAGCAACCCCGGAACCGCCACACGCCUCUGCUCCAUCACAGAGGAAGAGGAGGAGGAGGAUGAUGAGGACAGCAAAGAUGAGAGUCAGGACUUGGAGGAACCAGAGGAGGAUGUAGAGGAGCAGCAGGAGAAACAGAAGGUUUUAACCACAAACACAGACCCAACUCAGUUAUUAUCAGAGUUGGACAUUGGGGAUAUUGCCAGAUUGGAGCAGUGCCAAAUCAAUUUUGUCAGUGACAGCAACAACAACACGUUUACAUUUAUAACCUCUCUUGUGUGA